UCACGCUUAUUUACGAGACGAUCCUUAGGAAGAUUAACUUUCCAGUUGAGAAUGGCCUCUAGCACUUCUCUCCCUAGCCCUGUCAACGAGCCCUCACCUGCUGUUGUAAUUAGGCAGUCCUCUGUGGGAGAUACUCUUGAGCCCCUGCCAAGCAACAGGAGGCCGAAUCUGUCCACCUCUGAUGAGCAAUCUGUUGAAAGUCUAAGUGUUGAGACAGACAGCAGCAAGUCGAGGUCCAAGGAUAAGGAUAAGAAAGGGGGACACAAGCAUGCACACUCACAGUUCUUCUCUCCUCGAAAGGGUGGUGCUCUGAUGAACAUAUUCUCAGCCUCUCACAGACACAAGAACUCUGAGCUCCACAAGAUCUUCACUUCUCUUCCUGGUGAUGAACUUCUCAUUGAUGACUACUCAUGUGCUUUUCAGAGGGACAUUCUAAUCCAUGGUCGACUGUAUCUCACCCAGAGCUGGAUCUGUUUCUAUGCCAACAUCUUCUCAUGGGAAACAUUGCUGACGAUUCCAUUUCUGAGUGUCCAGGCUAUAACUAAAGAGAAGACAGCUCUAGUCAUUCCCAAUGCUAUCCAGGUCUCCACAACUAAUGAGAAGUAUGGUUUCUCUUCACUGGGCAAUCGAGACAUGUCCUACAACAUUAUUUUCAAGUGUUGGCAGAAUGUUCUGCUUGAGAAGGCAAUAUCCCCAUUGGGUCUGGUCCAGGCUGCUCGUAAGGCAAGGGGAGAGUCAACGGACGUGGGAUCAGAGGAGGAACUGUGGGGGAAACACAAGGAUGAAGCAGCACACGUGCACCCGGCGAUGUCACUGCCAACUCAUCUUGAGAUUGGAGUGCUACCUCCUACGUCUGUAUCACUAGAAAAUUCCAAGAGCUCUAGUGACUCUACAGAUGGAGCAGCUAGGGCUCAGGGGGGCGGGGCAGCAGCAGUGGAGCAGUCUAGAGAGACUACAUCUGGUCAAUCGGAUAAAAUCGAAGAAGGAGCUACUGGACUGCUCUCCUCCCGUCCCAGUGCAGAGGUUAUCUCUGUCGGAGGAGAGAGCAUCGCCAGCUCGGAGUACGAGACAGUAUCUCUCUUUGAGGACACUGGUGAGGUGUCGUGUGGGUGUUCCGAGCACCUGGGCAGAACCAUCAUCAACGAGCUGUACAACUGUGACGUGGAGACCAUCUUUCAACUCAUCUUCACUGACAAUGAGUUCAUUCGAAAUUUCUUCAAGAGCCAAAAACAGUUCAACAUAGUGAUAGGUGAAUGGCAGUCUCAGUCGGACAGCUCUAGGGAACGUGAACUUUCCUACACCAUCUCUCUCAACUACUCGUUCGGUCCAAAGUUCAGCCACACCACGGAGAGACAGGUGUACUCCAAGAUGUGUCAGCCUGGAAUUAAGCACAUUGUGGACGCAGACGUUGUAAACCACAACAUCCCGUACAGUGACACAUUCUACGUGGCCUGUCGCUACUGCAUCACCAGAGUAGCAAAUAAGCAGUCCAGACUCAGACUAACAGCAUCAAUCAAAUUCAAGAAAUCCUGCUGGGGCCUUGUCAAGAAUCUGAUUGAAAGAAAUGUUGGUGAUGGACUGGGAACACACUACUCUCAUAUGGACGCAUCCCUGAAAGAGCACAUAGCCACCCUUCCUGAGAAGCCCAAGCGUAGCCGCCGUCACCGCUCCCGCAAGCUAAGCAAGAAGGCGACCACUCCAAUGAGACUGACCGGCCUUUCUUCUACCACUGAGGAAACUAGGACCUUGCACAGAGUAUCCCUCCCCCAUCCUCCUCCAAUAAAGCCAGAACUGAGGACCCCACCCAUGACACCUGUUCCCACCCACAACAAGGAAGGCUCCCUCCCCAGGGUCAACCUGGCACUCACUCUGCUACUGGUAAUUCUGGUGGCAUCGAAUGUGCUCCUCUACCAACAACUGACCGGCUACACUGUGACCACACCUACUACCUCCCAACUACCCACCACCACCACUAAGACCUACCAGCCCCUAGAACAAUGGCCAACUACCCAAGAUCAAUGGAUUAGUCUGGUUCAUGAAGUAAUCGACAAAAGAGAUGAAGAAGUUAACCACUGGAAGAAGACAAUCACCGGCCUUGUUCGUGAGCUAGAGAAGGUUGAAGUAGCUGUGUCUGGCACAAAGAACCAACUACUGAACAGUCUAGUGAGAGAGGCCAAGGAACAGAGCGACCUGUUCAACCGGUUCCAGUCGUUAACACAGGGGGCGGGCAAACCAGGAGGCCACACCCCCACUAGCAACCAGGGUGAUCAGGCUGAACGUGUUGAAUUAUAACUGUAUGAACAAUAUGUUAGUAUUAUUAUUAUAUUCAUGUUUUUCUAUAUUUUAAUAAAUUUUGGGUUAACCAAAUUUGUGAACAUAAUAA